CGGACGACUCUUGCGGUUCUUGCUUUCAUGGCAGCAGCAGCAGCAGCAACAGAUGUCUCCAGCAGUCAGACUUCAAACUGCUCAUAUUUGGGCCUUUUCAAACAUUUAGACCUGAUGAACACGAAGCGUGAGUUUGGGAUGAUGCGGCCAGUGAAGAACUGGACGACGCACACCACCAUUCUGCUUGAUAUGGUGUUGUAUGGCAUCUUAGAACUGGGCGAGAAGACCCAAACGGUCACCAGUCACAUCAUGCUCCACAUGAGAUGGCACGAUGAAUUCCUCACUUGGAAUCCAUCCGACUUCUGUGGGAUACAAACGGUGGUCAUCCCCAAAUCGAAACUGUGGUACCCAGACAUAAGCAUCCUAGAGGACAUCUCGGACACUGGAAGAAUCCGGCAGAGUCCAAUGGUCAAAGUGUUUUCUGACAGUAAAGUGAAGGCUCAUGUAUACCAGCGCCUCACCUCCACCUGCCCGCUCGAUCUCUACCUGUUCCCAUUUGACAAACAACAGUGCAACAUCACAUUUUCAUCAGUGAACUACUACGUGGACGAAAUCAAACUGGGAACGCUGAGCAGUGACGUGGCCCUCAAUUGGGUGUCUGAUGUGUUAAUGAUCACAGAGGGAGAAUGGAUACUCGUGAACUUGACAAUUGUGGAGUAUAAUCUCAACAAAAUGGAUACAACGCUAAGCAAUCUUGCGUACAUGGUCACUUUAGUGAGGAAGCCAAUGCUCUAUGUGAUUAAUUUACUCGUGCCCAUGUUUUAUUUCCUGAUCCUGGACCUGGCCUCCUUCUUCAUCAGAGGCGAGAAGCUGAACUUCAAAGUGACCGUCCUCCUCUCCAUCUCUGUCCUUCUGCUCAUUCUGAAGGACUUGUUGCCCUCCACUGAGAGCGAUAUGCCGCUGAUCGCCAAAUUCAGUCUCAUCAUUUUUAUCAUGGUGGGAUUAAGCCUCCUGGAGGCCAUGCUGGUGGACUUCCUAAUGGGGCUUGAUGGUUGUUGUGGUCAGAAAACUCCAAGCUCCAGUAAUACCCAGGUGGAGAUUCAACUGGAGGUCAAUUGCCACACAGAGCCUGUUGAAGCUGGAGAGAAAAGCCAGGCGAAGCCAACGGCGAGGCCACGCGAGGGUGACCUGCUGAAGCUCCUCCUGGAGCAAGUGAAAGCCGCUCGACAGGAAACAGGAAGACAAUGCAAAGAUGAGAGGAAACCUGGAUGCUACGCAAGACUGGCUAAAAUCAUAGACUAUGUCUACUUUGCCUUUUACUUAAUUUCGGUUGCCACUUUCUUAUUUUAUAUGUAUAUAGAGUGGGUUGAUGGCGGAUGUUUCAAUGUGAUCAGUGAAUUCCCUUAAAUCUGACUGUGUUUGGCUCCUAAAUGGAUUUCAAACGCAUUACAUCUGUGUGUUUUUUACAUCCAUGUCUACAUUUAAUAAUAGUUAAUUAUGUGAUGGCACUAAUUAAGAUUAAAAUUCAAAUAAAAAGUAUAAUAAUGGGA